ACUGGGUUGUAAAUUUCCUCCCGUUGAUUGGUCGAUAGUAAUCAUGUGAUUUAAAAUCCAACAUGGCCGCUUCCUGUUGGUAGAUUUUGUAACUUUUUGCACGUGUUUUGCUCCAAAUUUCGCAUUUUCUCACCACAGGGACAACGCCUCUUCGAGAAAGUCAUGCUGACGCCAAGAUUUGAUAUUUCGCAAGACCGAAACAGCCUCAAGAUUGUCAUCAGGGCCCCAUGCGCCCGAGUUUCGGACACAGAAGUUUACAUCGAAGACACGGAGUUCAAAUUCUACUCCAAACCUUACUACCUGAGACUGAACCUCCCCGGCAAGGUGGUCGAAGACGGGCGGGAGAAAGCCACGUAUGACGCCGAUAGAGGAACGUUCACGGUCCUGGUGCCCAAGGAAUGUCCUGGUGAGCACUUUGAAGGACUGGAUCUACUCACAAAGCUGUUGGCGCCUAAAGGAACCAGGUCGGCUGCUGGUGCAGGUGUGGAGGUUUUGGGAACAGAUGAUGCAAAAGAUGAGGAGGAGGAGGAGGAGAUUGACUGGCAGGUGGAACAGGUACCAUGGUGGGAGAACCAACCACAAGCUGAGGUGCAGCCUGGGAUGAAAUAUGGGUUUGCCAACAGAAGAAGUGGUGUCUUCAGUAAGCUACAGGAGGAGCUACAGGAUGUGGUGGAUGUGAGAGAACCAGACAGACUGACUCAUGCGGAGUGUCGGGAGGCUCGGCUGGCAGCAGAGCUGGAACAGUUUGAUCCUGAUCACUACCUUGCUGAUCUUUAUGAGGAUGAUGCCAUCCAAGAACUACUAGGAUACAAGCCUCCUUGGACAGAGGAACUCCAUAAGCUAAAGACGAAAGUCUUGGGUACUGACUGCAGUACAGACCAGCCUGGGGAAGAAGCUGUGGUGUUCAGUGAAGAAGAGAAGGAACAGCUGUUAAGUCUGCCCAAGAGAGAGUACUUACUGGAUGGAAAGACAUUGCCAGUGGUGUGCUUCAGUCUGGUGGACAUUUUGUUUGCCUAUGCCUACAACUACAGGACUACAGAAGGAGAGGGCAAUGUGGAGUCUGCAUGGACAAUCUGCAAACUCAGCGCAACACUGUCCUGGCUGGAGAGCUUCUCCAGCCUGCGUGAGGCUGUCCUGUCCUCGUGUCGGCGUUCCCUCGGCUUCCCCCUCUACCGAAGCUGGGACCUGACCAGGGCUGUGUUACAGGACACCAUGGAUAUCAUCACUUCAGGUAGAAGACGUAUCCUGCGCUGCCUUCUCCACAUCCACAGCCUGCUGUCUGCAGACGACAAUAAGUACCUCCUGAACGACCUGUAUAUCACAGACUACUGUGUGUGGGUGCAGACUGCUGGGGACAAGGUCUUCUGCUCCAUGGCUCUGGCACUGACAGAGAUCCACUUGUCUAAAUCAGAGAUGAACCUUGACCUGGAGGAGCUGGAGCAUGCAGCCAGACUGGUACAGGAGGAGGAGGUCGUUGACCCCAUGGCAACCCUCAGUCUGCAGGAGGCUGGAGCACAGGACAGGUGUGGUACAACAACAGGUGUGCUGGAACCACCUGUGGCUGAGAUGGGGAAACUGUCUCUGUCUGGCAAGGUGGAGAACAGUGCAGAGAAACUUGGACAGGAAAACCUUUUGUCUGACUCUGAUGACAGUGACGCUACCAGUAGUACAGAAACUGAUUCCUCUUCAGAGAGUGAAAGUGAUGCUGAAGAAGAAGAAACAAAAGGAGGUGACAAUCUUAAGGCCAUCACCCAGAAACCUGACCAAACAACAUCUGAUCAUGAAACCAUUAUUGACAAUGAGAGUGGAAGUAAUGCUGGUGAAGAGGAAAGAAAUGCAGAUGACAGGACCAUCACCCAGAAACCUACACCCCAAACAACAUCAGAAACAAUUAUUGACAAUGAGAGUAUAAGUAAUGCUGAUAAAGAGUUAACAAAAGUAGGUGACAAGGCUGACACCCGGAAACCUGAUGUGCAAGCAAUAUCUGUGACCGUUGUUGACAAUGGCCUACAAACUAAUCAUCCUUGUGGGACUGUGGGUGAUCAGAAAGAAGAGAAAGAUCUAGAACGUACGUGGUUGGAAGUCCCAGAUGUGAAUGACAGGUACAGGAUAGUGGAGGAGGGAAGAUGCUGUGAUACAACAGAUGGGUGUCUUACUUUCAGUCAGAACUCGUCAAGUAAAAAGCAGCUUAUAACAGAACUGGAGAAACAUAGUGAGUUGAACUAGAAGCAUAAACAUUGCUAACUACAUGUAUGUUAAUGUUUAUUUGUUCAGCUUAGCCUUGUUAGUUUACGGAGGCUCCCAUACUCAUCCCUUGGUGAGGGUAUGGGAGCCCCGGUAAACUAACAAGGCUGAUACUCGGGCUAGAGAAUAUGUGGGAUAUUCUCAAAGACCAAGUAUCUAUUGUAUCAUAUUCCUUGCCCAUUACCAGUUGCUGAAAAUUGGUACUUGUUUAAAGACUAUGACACUUUUCAAUAAAAGCUGACAGUUUUCAAAUGUUCCUGUGUGAGUUUGCAGACAUAAACCCUCAAAUUACACUAGCCACACCUGAACUACUUGACAAGUACAUGAAACACAAAACAGUGCUUGGGACAAAUCAAACUUUAUUCCACAUUACAACCUUAAAAGUGUGAAGCAAGAAAGUUUCACAAAGAUAAUACACAAGUGUUCUUAGUACUGGUAAUAAACUGCUGCAUCUUUAAUUCAUAAUUAACUGUACCUCAAGCAGACAUACAAUGUAUUCAGCAACGAUUCUACUGUGAUUGUAGAAAGGUCAGGGAUAAAGUUCAGUUUGAACACUUCAAAGCUUAUACGAUACAAUGUGCCUAGUCCUUUGACAUCCAGGUCGUUGGGAGACAAAGUAGAAAUGAAGAUGGGGAGCUGUAUUCAGGUUCACUUCGAAGACAAACAAAUUUAUACAAUUCAAUUGACAGAAGAGCCAAAACCUCUUCACUCUCAAGUAAGCAGACAGAAAUACUGUAUGUUUUAAAUUCGUAAUGUUUGACAUACCACCAGCAUUGCAAUAAAAUUUUAUAUACACCUUGCAGCACAAUACUAUUUUCAUAAUACAUAUGAUACAAUAAAUAUUCGGUGAUUUCAAUUUCCAUGAAUUAAUGUCAUACCACAGCUGUAGUUAACAUAGUCAAGUUCAAGUACAAGCAACUUUGGAACGGAAACUACAAUGACCAAUUACUCUUAGCCUUUUUCAAGGACACAAAGACAUUAAUACUUAAAAAGUACUUUAGACUAUACCUUCACCUCUUUUAUAACAUUCUUACACUGGAAGAACAUUAUGAAAUAUCACAUUGCACAAAGUUUCUUAUUAC